AUGACUCACAAAUACAUUAUUGAACAUAUGGAGACAGACUUACAUGAAUGGUGUAUACUGGAAUAUUCCCACAUUGCGACAUCUGUCUUUCCACCAAAUAUUAUCAUCACUAGACUGAAAGAUGCUGAAAUCACUGUAUUGAAGAAACUUCAAGCACUGGAUGGGGCACAGUUGCGACGAGAGACGGUAGAUGAGAUGGGGAUAAAUAAAAGUAAGAUCUGUCUAUUGCAUCCCAAUGCGGAGCAACAACUAAAGCCUGAGGAUGGACAAGCAUUUGAUUACUUUUUAUUUGGCGGCAUAUUGGGGGAUGAUCCGCCCAGAGAUAGGACAAGUGAAUUAUGUCCCUUCGUCCAUGCGACAAGACAUUUGGGGCAGUUACAGAUGACAACGGACACGGCCUUUAACGUCACCAAAAAAAUAAUUGAAGAUAAAGUGCAACUAUGUGAUAUCCCAUUUAUCGAUUUCCCCGAACUUGUAUUUGAUAAAAAUGAAUCAGUGAUCAUGCCGUUCAGAUACAUUGCAAUUCCACACAAAACAAAAUCAACACUCCAAACUACUAAUAACGAAAUGAAGCAAAAUAUG